CUCGUCUCUGAUGAAAGACAAGCAGGGGGAGUGGACAGAGUCCGGCUUAUUGUUUAUCACGAAACCGGUUUGUUCAUCUAGCAUGUAGCAUGCGAUGGCGAAAAUGUUGGGAAUCGAUGGCAUGCAGAUUCUGUAGCUUUGAACCCUAAGUAUGCAUAUCGUAUACAUCUGUUCGGGAUAUGUCGCUGUCAACAAUAGAGCCACGCUGCAUCCAAAGCCAAGUUUCACGUCGGCGUAAAUGCACAUAGUAUCGAAGCUUUACAGAUAUUGUUCAGCAUCCUGUUGAUGUAAAUACAGAAACAUCUUGCACUGCUUCGUUUGCACGCACGGCGUCAUGCAGUAGAUGAGUGUACAAGGAAGGAAGAUGAAUCGAGGUCAGUUGAAAGGGAAUAACAAAGAACCUGCUCUGCAGUCUCGCGAGCAACGUUUAGCGGAAGCGGCACGUUGUUGUAGUGUUUGACAUUCGAACUUCGCUAGAGACUGUUAGAGCGGAGGCACAGUAACCGACGUUUUGCCAUUUUGUCGGUGUUUUACUGAAUAUAAAUUAAGCUAAUCUAGAGACGCCGAGCUGUUCUUUUGCCUCGCGCAGGAUAAACGUUAUUUCAAAUACUGAGCACGCGCGUUUGGGGAAUUACCGGUUAAACCUGGAGACGGCCGUUGGUUAUUCACCGAUAAGACGACGACACUAAACAUUAUGUAAAUCAGACGCAACCGUUAAACUUUGUGCUCAGAGUUGAAAGUGAUUAUAACAUUUAUCAGCAGGCUCCUGCCCUGCCCCCUCAGGAAAUCCCCUAUGUGGAUUGAAUUCACCCUGCUGUUUUACACAGGAUGGAUGAGCUGGAUGUGAGGUCUCCUUUUUGUCAUCAUCAUCAGCACCACAUUUUGAUCUGUGCAUGGAUCCUGCGUUACCUUUAUCACCAAGCACUUCCUGUGCUCCUCUCCAACACCUUAGUUUGCAAGAGUAUUGACUUUAUCUGAACUGCUGUUUUGAGAGGAGAGAGGUUUGGCAAUUUUUCACUUGGUUUGAAGCAACCUCUCGUUAUCACACAUUUAUACUGCUUUCUUUCCAUAUAUGGAUAGCAUAUAAGAUUUGAACCUACUUCUCACUCCACUCAGUGGAGAAAUGUCAGAAAAUCUCAACGCCAAUAUGGUCAAGUUCCUUUCCCCCCCUUCGAAAAACAUCAAUGGCUCCAGCUCAGACACGCUGGUGGGCGAGCGUCUAGGUGUCGAGGUCCGCCGUCGCCACCACACCAUGGAGCGAGAACUGCUGAGGGCAGAGCACCGUUUCUUCCGUCGCAGCGUCAUCAACGACUCCAAUGCUACGGCGCUGGAGCUGCCCAGCAAAAACGCAAUCCUAACCAUCUCAGCGGACUCCCACACUCUUGUUUCUGAACCUCCUGUCUCAGAAAGCAAAGCCGCUUCAGCCCCACAAUCUGAAGGACUGGUUGAACCAAAAGAGGAGGGUGAUUGUGUCAAGACAGCAGUAGAGUCAACGCAGGUGUUAAUUGCGAAUACCACAAAUCUUCUCUCUGCAGAAGCGCCACGUUUGGAUGCAGAGUUGAAGUCUAGAGAUAGUGCUGAUGCAGAACGAGAGGAUGAGAAAGAGGAGGAUGAAGAAGGUAAAGACAAGGCCCGAGCUAAGACAGAUUUGCGGGACAUGAAGGCAGAGCUAGAAGACAAUGAGGAAGUUGAGACAAAUGCAGUCGGGACAUCGCCGGAUGGCCGCUUCUUGAAGUUCGAUAUUGAGAUCGGACGUGGUUCUUUUAAGACAGUCUACAAGGGUCUGGAUACUGAAACCACAGUGGAGGUGGCAUGGUGCGAGUUGCAGGAUCGCAAGUUGUCCAAGUCAGAGCGGCAGCGUUUUAAAGAGGAAGCCGGAAUGCUGAAGGGUCUUCAGCAUCCCAACAUUGUACGCUUCUACGACUCCUGGGAAUCAUCCUUGAAAGGGAGGAAGUGUAUUGUCCUGGUGACUGAACUCAUGACAUCUGGGACACUGAAGACGUAUCUAAAACGGUUUAAGGAGAUGAAGAUCAAAGUCCUGCGCAGCUGGUGCCGGCAGAUUCUGAAGGGGCUGCACUUCCUUCAUACCAGGUCGCCUCCCAUCAUCCACCGGGACCUCAAGUGUGACAAUAUCUUCAUCACCGGACCUACCGGAUCUGUCAAGAUUGGAGACCUGGGCCUGGCUACCCUCAAGAGGACCUCCUUUGCCAAGAGUGUCAUAGGUACCCCUGAGUUCAUGGCGCCUGAGAUGUAUGAGGAGAAGUAUGACGAAUCGGUGGAUGUGUAUGCCUUUGGGAUGUGUAUGCUGGAGAUGGCUACUUCUGAGUAUCCGUACUCCGAGUGUCAAAAUGCAGCUCAGAUCUAUCGCAGAGUCACCAGCGGGGUGAAGCCUGGCAGUUUUGACAAAGUGGCUAUUCCUGAAGUGAAGGAGAUCAUUGAGGGUUGCAUACGUCAGAAUAAAGACGAGAGGUAUUGCAUCAAGGACCUCUUAAGUCAUGCGUUUUUCCAGGAGGAAACUGGGGUUCGUGUAGAGCUUGCUGAGGAGGAUGAUGGAGAGCUAGUGUCCAUAAAGUUGUUGCUGCGCAUUGAGGAUGUAAAGAAACUUAAAGGGAAAUACAAAGAGAAUGAAGCCAUUGAAUUUUCCUUUGACUUGCAUAAAGAUGUACCAGAUGACGUUGCCCAAGAAAUGGUCGAUUCGGGAUAUGUUUGUGAGGGUGACCACAAGACCAUUGCAAAGGCCAUAAAGGACAGAGUUUCCCUGAUCUCCCGUAAGAGAGAGCAGAGAAAACUUGUGAGAGAGGAACAAGAAAAGAGGAAGAUGGUGCAGCAGAAUGACCCCUCACAGCUUGGACUGCAUACCGACACCACAGACAAGCCCCCUGGUCCCGCUCUGGGCACGGUCAUUAUGGAGUCUGAAGAACAUGAAGCAGAUCAGCAUCAGCAACUGCAGCAGCCUGGGGCCUCUGCUUCCACUGUAGGUUUUGUGGACCCUCAAGGUUCAGCGUCGGUCCCUGAGACUCACCCUGCCCAGCCAGGCACAUCUUUCAGCACCGUACAGCCUGAUCCACAGCCACAGCACACCAUGAUCCACCCACAAAGCAUGUCACAGCACCCAGCCCAAGCCCCUCUGCAGCAGCCGAGCAGUACUUUGACACCGGGUCCCACUGCCCAGACUGGAACUUACAUGUACUCCUCUUACGUGUUGGGUCAGGUGGCCACUCUGCCCUCUGCCGUUCACCCUACCGUCCCCUUACAGUACCAUCAGCCACCUCAAGAUGGCAGUGCUCCCCCUCCAGGCCCUCAAAUCUUACAGAUAUGGGCAUGUCAACUCAGCCCUCCUGUUUUCUCACCACCUCCAAAUGCUGAACAGCUCUAUUUUCUAUAUCAGGCCUGUCAGGCACCACUGACCGUGUCCCAAACGCAGCCAGUAGAGCAGUCACAACCUCAAACAACUCUGGCUCCAGCCUCCACAGAAAGUGGUCACUCUGAUGCUGCUUCUGGUCUGAGCGAUGGGAACGAGGGCAGGCAUGAGGGGCGCUCUAUGAAACGACCCCAGAGCCGCUCUGUACGCAGCCACUCCCGCCACGAAAAGAUAGCCAAGGCCAAGCUCAAGCUCAACGUGCUGAAUAUUUCUAAUAUUGGGGACAGAGUUGCUGAAUGUCAGCUGGAAACCCAUAACAAGAAAAUGGUCACAUUCAAGUUUGAUUUGGAUGGUGAUAAUCCUGUAGAAAUUGCUGAAAUUAUGAUUGAAAGUAAUUUUAUCUUGGAGAGCGAGCGGGAAUCCUUCAUAGAGCAGGUUCGAGAUGUCAUUCAGAUGGCAGAUCAGAAAGGAAAAGCUCAGAAAAAUAGCCAAAAUCAGGUGAGCAGUAAUUUGGGCCAGCAAGUACCUGAAAUUUCUACAUCCAUUCUGCCUGGUGUGCCACCGAGUGUAGCAGCACAGGUUGUACAUUCGGCAGGCCGGCGCUUCAUAGUCAGCCCAGUUCUUGAAGCAAAACUACGCGAGCCGUUUUUUGGACCUCCUUCUGCAGACACAUCAUUUGAAGACUCUACACCAGCAUCUGAUCCCACACCAGCCAGCAUUGUUCAGCAGGACCAAGCUAGCUUUGCACCCGGCUCAACCCAGAUUGCUGUGGUACCACCCACACCUGGAGGUCUUGCCCCAGAGACUUCUCAAUACCAAAACCCUGUCCCAGCAACCACUGCAACGCUGACAGAAGUAACCACUCCUGCACCAUCUACCACUUUAGCCCCAACUGAAUCACCAGCUCCACGUCGGCUGUCACUUCCCACCCCUUCACAAACUCCUCAAAAUGUUGUGGCUGAGAGCAAUGGCUUGGAUUCUCAAGCUCAAGCCAGCAUUCAGCAGGCACAAGUCGGCACCUCUUCUGUUCCUGUGACGCAACCAUCUGCGACAGAUGCUGAGAGUGAUGUACAGGGGAAGCCGCCUGGAAUUGAAGACAUCCAUGCUUUAGAUCAGAAGCUGCGUUCCCUUUUCAAAGACUCCUCCCAGAGCACCUCCAACCAACCUGAUGGAUCUGGAGAGACGUCUACGUCCUCUCCACCCAGUACUAUCAGCACUAACACUCCUGGCUUUGUCUCCGGUGCGACACCUUCCAGUUUGUCUCUCAGUUCCAGUGGGAACUUUGCACCUGGUGCUUUUGCCUCUGUGACACCUACAAGCUAUGCCCAGACACCAUCUGCAGAUCUGUCCCCACAAAGACCACAGACCUCCGUAUCUGUAAUUCAACCAGAUGGACAGACCAGUGCUGAGGAGAAAGAGCCAGCAACAUCACCAUCCGAGAAAGCUUUAAAUCUUGGCAGAUUUCAGGUUUCUGUGGCCAGGGAUCAAGACCCAAGCACUGCUGAAGAUCCAGCAGUCAUAGUCUCAUCUUCCUCCAUCACCCCAUCUUCAACAACAACGUCAUCAUCACCAUCAUCUCUCUCUAGCCCUGAAAACACUGUUCAUAAAUCUCAGACCCCUCACAGGGUCAGCCCUGAACCCGUAUCUACCACUACAGUCGGCCGCUUUCAGGUGACCUCCAGCACUGACAUCCAAGUGGGCCGCUUCUCAGUGACUCCAGCAGAAGGAAAGAGCUCCUCCAUAAUCUCUGCUGAGGGACCAGACUCAUCUAUAGAGUCUAAAAUGACCCCUUUCACCAUGUCCAUCACCAAUCACUACCUCAGCAGUGACAAUGACUCUGAACCAGAAGAUGAGGGUUUUAAACAAGAGAUGAACAAGCUUAGGGAGAGACAUAUGGGUGAGAUCCAGGCAUUACAGAAUAAACAGAAGGAGGAAAUCGAGGAACUGUAUACACGUCUGGGCAAAACGCCACCUUCUGUGGUGAUUCCUCCAACUGUGGCCAUCACAGGCAGACGGAGACCCUCUAAGAGCAAGGGGACCAGGUCAAGAAGUGGUAGUGGUACUGGUUCUUUUCAACAAGGGAAUAAACAAGCUGUACAGAUUGGAAGUUCAGUCAAUCAGUCAGCCACUGGAAAGACAGAAACCAUACCAGGCUCAAACGUUCAUGUGCUAGGUACCACAAGUCCAGUGAGAGAAGAGAACGGACAGAGCCAUGACCAGGACCAAGCACCUGCUGCUAAUCUGCCACACAAGGGCACAUUCACAGCUGACCUCCAUGAGCUGGUUGAUAACUGGGCCAGGGAUGCCAAGAACAAGAUGCCACAGAUGCCACGUAAAUACUCUGCACCAGGUCAGCUUUGUUCCAUGGGUGGCAAUAUGCUAGCAGCCACCAACCCUACAGCCGGGCGGAAGGGUUCACUGUGUGUGCCUAAUCAGCAGUUUGGCUACACCUGCCCCACCUACAGCAUGCCCCAGUGGGCUCAGUCAAGCCCACUAUCAUCCACCGCUCCCCCCGCAGGACUACAGCAGGGCUUCCUCGUACCCUCAGGAGCUCACCAGUCUGGAAACAGCUGCGGGUCAACCAAUCUACGCACCACUCAGGCGAGCUGAAAUAGCAGGGUUGGUUCAAGGAAGGGAAAAGCUGUGCCUCGUGGGGUUGAGAUUAUCGGACCUAGUGCUUUACAUGGAUGCAUUUUAUCCGACAGUUUACAUCUGAAAAACUUUCAAGUCCAUAUAAUGUGACUCGGGUUAUUCGAAUCUGCUUUUUAAAGACUGAUAGAUGAAUGUGUUAAUUUGAUAAAGAGGCACAGAAAGGGUUAAACUGGUGUAUGUUGUCUUAAACAUCAGCUAUAUAGCCUUAUAGUACGGAUACCGUCCUUACUGUAAUAAAGUCAGGCAGUGAAAUACAGUGAUGGUGUUGCAGUUUACCAACAGAAGAGUUAGUGAAUGGAUGGAAAAAGAAGACUACACCACCAACACAAACCUGAAUGAGUGUAUCCUACAUACGAGUCUAGACUGUUGGAAGACGGAUAAAGAAGGUAGGAAGGAAUGAAUGUUAGGAGUAACGGCAUUUCAGAGACAAGUAUUGUGGGACUUAAGUUGUGUAUUGAAAUGAAAGGAAGAGGAUGUGCAAUUGGGGGAGAUUUAAGCAGGGUUUUAUAGCUCUUCGUACUUGCACGUAUUUCUUAGCAUUGUUAAUUUGUGACUUUUUUUAUAUCGUUUUAUGAUGAGCUUACAAUAAUACAGUGUAUCUUAUAUAGACAUUCACCACUACUCCACAUCCAAACCCUUGUAUGUUAGUGGAUAGAAUGCUUAAUUUGGAUGAGAGUGAGCAUCCUGUAUGAAAGCACAUUUCUUUUCGUCCAAUCGCAUGUUGCUUUCAAUUUGAAUUAAGCUAGCCUUAAACCACAGGAUAAUGUCUUCCCCAUCUUUAAAAUGUCACACAACCAUCAAAGCCCUUGCUGUAGUAAAUUAAAUACUUGAUCUUUGUGGUGAAAAUAUGGUGCAUUUGACUGCAGCAACAUAGAAGUACAGUAUUAAACUAUAGCAACUCAUUAACAGUUUGUUAUAUCACUCCCCCAAACCAUUUUUUUCUAUACCACAAAUUGAGUGCCAAUUGUUUGCGGAUGUGACAUGCCGUCACCUCUAAAAUGAUCCGCUAGACUUCUCUAGAGAAGGUAAAUGUUACUGCAAUGCAGAAAACAGCAUUUAAAGGUUUAACCAACCAGGGAGGGUUUAUUUGUUACUUUUGAUACUUGAGUGCACAGAUUUGAAUCCUUUGUAAUUGACCAAAACCACAUUUGGACACAGUUAAAACCAUUGAAAUACCACUAAUCAUAGUCACACGAUCCCAUCACAUGACUGAAAUUCUGAAAACUGAAUGGUUUCACAAUCCACAACUCACAUAUUCCCAGAGUAAACAGCAUUACAUUUGUGGGGUCAAAAAUUGCUGCUGAUGUUUGCUUUCAAAAAGUUUCCAUCCAGGGUCCUUUUGGUGAUUUAGCUAUGGUUUUGUGUUAAAACAAAAAAUGUGUAUAUAUAUAUAUUAAAAUGCUUAAUAAAACAUUUUGGACUUUUCCUCCUCCCACAA